GCCCCCGCCAAGCCCUCGGCGGCCCUGCUCCUCAGGCUCAGAUUACUGCGAAUUAAUUAGUAGUGCAAGCAUGAAUAAUCAAAACAAGGAAGUGCUGUUUAAGGCAAGAUAGAAUUUCGCUUUUCUUCUCGCGAAAAUGAAACCGAAUCAAUUCGAAAACUUGUCUUUUAAACAGUUAUCAGGCAAGUCCAUGACGUUCGCGUGAUAAAGUAAACGUGUAUUAGCGGUAGCAAUUGUCUAUAUAGCUAGAAUUCCCUACUUUUCUAUCGACUGUUUCGUAAAAGUACUUAAAAGGAAGUAAGGAACGGUUUAAAUUAUUAAAAAAAGGUUUAAUUUCUGAAAGGAAAUGCCUCUUGCUUGAGCGGCCAUAUUUGUCUACCCACAAUACAUUGCUCUGGAUCCCUCCCUCCUGGUCGCCAUCUUGCUGUCUGGCUUCCGCUUGGAGUGACUAGCUCGAACUUGUUGCUUGAUAUCUUCCUGGAGAAUUACUCUAUUUUUUAACAAAGCACGGAAUUGUAAGCCUAAACAAGUGUACUAACAUUAUGUCUAUUCAAGGCAGGCUGCCCGCUUGUGUUAUUGACAAUGGAACGGGGUAAGUUGAAUGCUCUUGUUCAUUUCGGCUUGUUCCGGGAAGCACUCCCAACACUUAGAAACUUUAUUCCGUGCAAUGUAUACUCGCUGAACUUGUCAUUUAGUUGCUUGUUUUGUAGUUUGCUAUAUAUUUGUAGUGGUGUAGGUUAUAGUGUUGCCCUUUCGUGAAUAUUUAUGGACUAAACAAAAAUUUGGCGAAUGUUAUUAAUUGUUGUAUUGCAGACCACAAAAUAACCUUAAUGUAUAAAAGCCUAGGAGGUGUACAUGUUUUAAUAUUAAUUAAAUAUUACUUGUACCAGUAAUGAAUUUUCUAUUUUAUUAAUUUCAACAAUUGUAUAUUUAAUUUAGCAUUAUAAUAGUUAAUCAAAGCUAAUGCAAAGCCCUGCUCUCCUACAAAAAUAUUGUGGCCUCAGACCAAGUAUAAAUAGACUAAAAUAGUCGUGUCAUUUUAUAUCUAAUUGGUUACUGAAUUGUUUCUGAAUGCAUACAUUAACUGCCUAGUUUCACAUGUAAAAGAUAAUUGGUAGUUAUUAUAUCUUUUUGUUUUUAAAAUCAUCCAACAUGGUACAAACGUAUUUGUUAUUUCUUACUAACUUUUUCCUACUAUAUUAGGCAUACAAAAUAUUGCCUCACUUGUGAAAGAGUAAGGGUGUACCUUUAUUGUGCCUAAGGUCAUAUAGGGGUAUGGAGCCGUCUUUAAAUUUUGACAAAAUUCCCGAUAAAUGGUGUCUUAAUUAAACAGUGUUAGUUUUUUAAAACAAGGCCGUAUCUAGAAAAAAUGUUGGGGUUCUGAUUAAAAAAUGUCAGUGGUACUCAAGAGGAACUUGCACUGGAGUUAAUUAAAUCAUAAAAAACCAUAGGAUGAGGUUUUUUAAAUUUUUUGAGAAUCCAAAACUGCAAAAGAUUAUUGCUACUAGGAAACGUUAUUAUCUCGACCAAUCUAACACCAUGCAUUGCAUGUCAUAUAUGAUAUAUAUAUUAUCAUAAACUAGCUUUCGUUGGUAUGGAUGCAACUACCUGAAAAAUAUAAGGAGAAUUUCAACGUUUUAGCGUCACGUUCGACUAGUAACUCCAGACCAAGAGCCUUCCCUCAAAAUUUUUCAGGUAAUUGCAUCCCUACUAACGAAAGCUUGUUCAUUUGAUUGGCAAUACCUACACUGGCAAAGACGUUUCAUAUAUAUUAUCAGCUAGCCUCGCAUAGGUCGGGUCUUAUCUCUAGUAAUCUGAAUCAUUCUGAAUGCCUGACCCAUAUGAGCCUAUGAAUUUGGGCACCUGGAGUUUGGGUUCUUGCAUGUUUUCUGCUAGGCACUAGUGUAAUAAAAAGGUUACCAUAAUAUGAACAUGGUGGCUGUAAGCUGGAGGUUCUAUUGUCUGUAUAUUUUAUUAAAGCAUGGUAUUUAGGGAACCUAUUUUUCAUAAAACCCUUGCUUCCCUGUUGUUAAAAUUCUUGUCCAACUCCUACUUAAAAAUUUCUCCAAUUGAAAGGAUUUUUUCCCUUUGCUGCACCCCAUACCAGAUGCCUUUGUUCGAUCACGUUGCAACUUAAUUAACAUGCCAAUAAAUGUAAUUAUUACCAUUGUUUCCAAAUAGUUACACAAAGAUGGGCUUUGCUGGGAAUACGGAACCACAGUUUAUCUUGCCAUCAGGUAAAUUUGAAUCUGAUUUCAAAAAAUUUUUUGCUGGAAUUUAAUUGAAUAAUUUAUAACAAAUAUUAUUUCAUGAACAAUAGCCAUAGCAAUAAAAGAAUCUGCCAAAGUUGGUGACAAGAAUCAAAGAAGAACAACAAAGGGUGUGGAGGACCUCGGUAUGUGCACAUAACUACUGCAUGACUUGAAAUCCAUAUAAUAAUAAAUGUUGUGAAAUCAUGUUAUAAUAAAGCCCAGUUUGUAUUUUGUCAUUGAAUCAUUGGAAAAGCUUUUUAUGCUUAGCAAUCAAACGAAACAUGCACGGAUGACCAUCAGAUGUUGAUUGUCGGGUUCUAUGUCCAUAUGACAUGGGAUGAUAGGUGGCUGGUGUGGGCAAUCAUUUUUUAAUGGAAACUGGGAUUAGAUGAUUGUGUGUGUUCAUACAUGAUAAAACAGUUCUUUGUGCAAUGAAUGCAUUUGCACUCUACCGACACUAGGAAUGAUGUUCACACAGCUUAUGAUUGUGGAAGCUGCUUGUAUCUUUAAAAUGAAUGACACAUUUUCAGCUGUUUUUUUAAUGAUUUGCGAUUUGAUGACGAAAUAGGAACUAGGCUCAACAUUGGUGCAUAACUUUUGUUUUAAAAUCUUAAUUGUAUUGUUAGUAUUAGUAUUGGGGUAAGGGUUAAUGUUAUGUUAGGAUUAGCUGAUUUGGGUUAGAAUUAGGAUCAAAGUUAAGAUUAAAUUAGAUCUAUAUAUGGUAAGGUUAAAAGGUUAGGAUUGAGGCUAAGAUUAGGUUAUGUUAAGUUGGGAUUGGCUGAUUAGUUAAUCUAUUAUUGUCUUUAUUAGGGUCCACUAAAGUAUAUGUACAAAGUCAGGGUGUUAGCUACAGUCAAAAAUUCCGCGUUAAACACGAUUUUCCCAAUUAUCUUGAGGACGCAAUUUCCCAAUUUGGGUCAGCCAAAAAAUAGUUAUAGAAAUUCAAUGUUGUUAAUAUGCCAUUAGAAACAUGUUAAAAACUACAAAGACACAAAAAUUUUAGAAAUCGAGAGGGGGCAACAGCAUGCCCCCAGGCUAAAAUAAAUUUCCCUAUUUCAGGUAAACACUGAUUUUUUUUACUUCUGGCUAACACCCUGAAAGUCUAAUUAUAUAAUCAAUUAUUUGGAGACCCUAAAUGGUUAGGGCUACUGUUAGGAUUAAGAUUAGGAUUAAGGUUUGGUUAGCAUUAAGGUUUGGAUUAGGAUUAAGGUUCAGAUUAAAUUAAGUUUAUGGUAAGGGUUUGGAUUUAGGUCCGGAUUAGGGCUUGCACAGCAGGCAGGUAAAGAAAUUGCUAUCUCACCAAUUUGUUUCCGUUAUUGUUGUGCUAUAUCAAAAUGCAGCAGUAUCUACGGUUGUAAUGUCUUAAUAACAAUGACAUUAUACAAAUCAAACUGUUGUAACACUUGUAUAAUUUAUUGCCGCAUAUCAUUAAAGUGUUAUUGUAUACAGUAUAUCUUAUUUUGAAAGAAAUUGCUUUAUAGUUUACACUACAUAAAAUAGUAAUGAUUAAAAUUGUACUUGUGUUAGAUUUUUUCAUUGGGGAUGAAGCAGUUGAAAAACCACAGUAUAGCACAAAGGUUUGUGGCUUAUGUUAAAAAGCAAAUGAAUACUGUGACACUUUUCUGGCAUUUGUAGUUUUGAGGAGACAUGUUUGAUUUUAUUUGUAUUUUUAGUGGCCAAUUCGUCAUGGUAUUGUAGAAGAUUGGGAUUUGAUGGUAUGAUAAUAGUUCAAUACAUUAUAAUUACAAUAAUAAUAGGUUUAAUACAUUAUGAUUUCGACAUCGAACCCUCAAAAGACCAGAACCGGAUGUUAUAUAAAUGUAUAUGUAUAAAAUUGUGUAUUCAUAAUGUUUUUAGGAGAGAUUUUGGGAACAAUGUAUUUUUAAAUAUUUACGAGCUGAGCCUGAAGACCACUAUUUCUUGCUGGUAAUUAUAUUUUGUAAACCUCUUUUUUCAAAUAAAUAAGAAAUAAGUAAGUUUAACUUCUUUACUUAUAUUGAUAAAUUAUUAAAUAAAUAAAUCUUAUUAUCUAGACUGAACCACCAUUGAACACACCUGAAAACAGGGAAUAUACUGCAGGUAAACUAAACUAACUUUAAAACUGUGGCAAUUGAUACACCAUGCGGAAAUCUU